CAGUGGAGCAGAACAACCCCAGACCACAGACAGAGCAGCCAUGUCUCACCGGCAACAGAUCUGAACACAGAGAGGGUUUAUGCUUGGAUUACCACUGCUACACACACACUGACACAUACACAUACACACACACAGACAGACACACACUGACAGACACACACUGACAGACACACACUGACAGACACACACACACACACACACACACACACACACACACACACACACACACACACACACACACACACACACACACACACACACACACACACACACACACACACACACUCUGAAGGAGUCUGUGCUGCUGAGUAACUGGGUCUGGUGUGUGUGUGUCCUGGUGCAUCGGUGUGUGUACCAGUGUGUGUAGCGCGUUCUAUGUCGGAGGACGGUGGUAUGGCGCGCUGGGAGAGCCGGUCGUGGAGUUGGUCGUUAAUGAUGUCUCUCCUCCUCUCUCUGUCUGCUCACGGAGACCUCUCAUUGACCACCGUCAGCAGGACGGAAGUCCAGCACAGCCAAUCAUCUUUCUCCGCUGUAGAAAGGGCGGUCCUUAUCGGUGAUGACUCAGCAGAGCUGAUUGGUUUAGGGUUAGGACUAGCGGCUGGACUUCCUCUCAGCUCCAUCAAACGCAAACCCUCUCACAGAAGACACUCCCACUUGGACUUCACUGAACAGGACGGUCAGCCAAUCAGAGAAGAGCUAACUGGCGGGGAAUCUCAGGAACGCUCAGAUGAUAUCAUCAAGGUGGAGUUCCAUAACCCCGACCGCCCCUUGACCCCUGACCUCUCGUCUGAUUCUGAUUGGCUGACGGCUGUAGUUCAGCCCCUGCAGCAGCGGGCGGGAGACCCCACAGCCUGGACUCUGUCAGAUUUCUACGACUACUUGUCCCCCGAUGACGAACUCUCCACCAUAGACACAACCCUUGACCCUGAUCCGACCCUGACCCCUCUGGCAGACAUGGAGGAUGAAAACCCAUCGCUCACUGGCUCCCCUGUCCCCAAUGUUACCCCUGACAAUGAUGACCCCCAGCCACCCUCUCAGUCUCAAUCCCCCCCUCCUUCUUCCCCUCCUCAGGGGUCAGAUGGGUGUGGUCUGGGCUUUGUGAGGUCAGAGGUCAGGGGUGAGUGUGUGUCUCAGUGUGACGCACAGCCUGACUUCUGCUACAACAGAGGAGUUUGUACCAUCGCUACUGGAAUGGGAGCAUUCUGCAGAUGUAAUGUUCAGGACUAUAUGUGGAACAAGGGCUCUCGUUGUGAUUGGGUGGUGACAGACUUCCAGGUGCUGUGUGUGGUAGUGGGUGUGGCGUCUACGACCCUCAUCCUACUCAUCAUCAUCAUUGUCUUCUUCGCCAAACGACUCCACCGCCUGAGGAUUGAGAACAGGCGACUCCGCAAACGCAGUAUAUACCGUCCACACAGCGAGAUGCAGACUGAUGGCUUCUCUGUUUCCACGGCACAAGAUGGUUCCCAUGCCAACGUAAGGAAGUUGUGUGACUCCCCCCCGCCCCCCCCUCAACCCCACGCUCACAAUCUGGCUUACUAUGACAACAUUAUCUGUCAGGACGACCCUCAGAAAAUGGAGGACCCUGUAAAGUCUCAAUUCACUCAAGGGGAGGAGUCUCUGAACAUCGCCAACUCUCAUUCGCCCAAACAUAUUAACAACCGCCCUGCCCACUCAUCUGACCACACCCCUAACGCAGACCAGGAGGUAAAUAGGGAGGAGGCAAACUCCUCUCCCUCCAGCAACAUAUACUAAAUCAUUAUUAUGAUUAAUGUAAUACCACCAUGCACAUAAGGGGAACCAUAAUACUGCAUACAUAUACUAUAUUAUUCUAUACUAUAGCUGGGUUCCUGGAGAGGGACUGUUGAGCCCCUUGACUCCACUAGAAGCUAAAAGGACGAAAACACAACUAUACUACAGUAUACUAUACUGUACUGUAUUAUACUAUACUGUACUAUACUCUAUACCAGGGGUGUCAAACUCAAAUACCCAGUGGGCCAAAAUGUAAAACCUGAACAAAGUCACGGGCCAACAUUGAACAAAUUAACCUUUUAAUAUGGACCCAAACAAGUUUUUCUUUAACAUUGAAUAUGGAACAAGCAUCGCUUAUUACCAUACAAUAUACAAUUUAAUAGUGGAGACAUGAAAAAUUGAAUUUCAAAUGAAAAAACACAUCAAUGGCAUUAAUUUAUUAAAUAAAUAAAAUGUAAAUAAAAAUUGUAUGCCUCUUAUCUAUUUGCAGCCUUCUGAUUUAAAUACCAAAAUAAACUUUUUCCACUGGCUAAUAAUUUUACAAAUAAAAUGAUAAUAAAUCAAUCAACCAUUCAAGCCCAUGCCUUGUAGCAAGAAAAAGUGCAUAAAGAAAACGUUAAUUAUUGCACACUGGUCUAAUCUGAUGUGCC